AUGAAAUUCUUUCUGCUCACUGUUGGUUUGGCCCUCAUUGGUACCAUCCAGGCCAUUGAACACAUUUACCCCCAGAAAGAUGUGGUGGUUGAAAAGGUAAGAGGAGGUGAAGACAUUAAAGAGGUUGACAUUACUCCACAAGGUGAUCUGGAACUGGUCAUAGCAAGAAGGACAGAGAACUGUGUUGAGAAGAAGAUUCUUGUGAAGAAAACUGAGAAACCCGCUGUGUUUGAGAUUGAUGUUCCCUCAGAGCACGACUUGCACACACUCACUAUGGUUAAAACCGACUAUGACAACUUUACCCUCGUCUGCUUGAACAUGGAUUCCCUGGAGAAAAAGGCAUGCGCUUAUUUUGGGAAAGCAGAGGAAGCUAACCCCCUCCAGGAUCACCUCUCACCAUGGCAGAAUCUAUGGCAGUUAUUUGAAAUCACUACCAUACUGAAGAUGAAGGAUAUCAUUUGA